UAAAAGCUCCAGUUGCGGCAGUAUCAUAUGAUUAUGUGAUCUGAUCCUGAUCCUGAUGUUGAUAUGGUCUCCUUUUUUUCUCGUGGUCAGAAGCCGACAUCGACUAAUACGUGCACGUGCAUGCACACCGGCAAAAAGUGGCCACAACUCUAAUACUAUCUUCGUCAGUACGAUUACCAGGCACAACUACACAAAGAAACCAUCGUAAAAAUCUCACUUGUAAAAUUUAUUUAUGUACGAUAUCAAUAAAAAUAAAGAUAUACAGAUUACGUAUACGUCGUGAAGUAAAUUUUCGCGUCAAAGUGUAAGCGAAAACACAAGUUAGACAAAACCCACGAAUACGAAACCAAUGCACCACAAGACCAUGUCGCGAAUUUGGUUUAGGAGAUUGAUCGCUGUACCACUGCUAGCGGCGUUCAUCUACUUUAACGAUGGAACGACGUGGAGCUGCAGCGCAUUGAGGGUGCCUGCGUCCUCCUCCUCCUCGUCAUUGCCACUUAGGAAUGCCGAGGAAGAAGCUCCACCCCACGCUGACGCUGGCGCAGGACCACCCGCAGCUCAGGCACAAUUUUCGUCUUCUGUAGCUGGAGUAGGUGAACUUGAAUUGGCGCGUCCAAAAGUACCAGGAGCAGCGGCAGCAGAUGCGGCACGACAACGCUCAGAGUUGAAAGCAAAAAUCGGAUAUCUCCGAGAUUACCUGCACGAAGUCUGCGAGAGCACUUGGAAAGCGAAAUUCGCGGAAGACAUCGACUGUAAUAAGUUCGUCGCAGCGUUGGAUAAAAUCAAGCAGGACAGCGAGGACAGCGACAGGCGCGAGAUGAAAAAAUUGCUGACGAGAAUUCAGACUCUUUACGUCGCAAGGCUCAAGGAGUUGCAGUCUCAGCAGAAGGGAAAGAAAGGUGGCCCUGGCCGUGGUCGGUCGCAGUCUCCGUCCCCGUCCCGGUCCAGAAGUCGGAGCAGAAAAAGUCAAAGGACGGGCCAAGAGCAACAUCUUCGUGAAGGUCGCCAAGAGGAGCAACAGGAUCAACACCGGGAACAAGUACCAGUGUUGAAAACGCCGGGCCUGGAAGCCUACGAGACAGCGCAGCAAGGAUUAGAUAAUGCAGCUCGCCGCCGCGGACUGAAGCGCCAGCGCCGGUCUUCAGGUAGUUCUUACGAGAGAGCAGACGAUUAUGGCGACGAGCUGCAAGAGCUGUACGACAUGGAGGAGGGGUGCGCGAGAGCCGACCAGAGCGCGCAGUCUACAUUGGAGAGCCGCGCCCUGCAGCUGGCAAUUACUGAUUACGCGAAGGAGUAUAUUCGCGAGAGCGAAAUCUUCGCAGGUGCCGGUCGCCCGCGAGCGAAUUUGCCCGUUCGGGUAGCGUCGUGGAUGGUUUCUGAAUUAACGGCAUUGCUUGUGACCACAGCGUUUAUGCAGACCGCAGGACAGCUGCAUGUGGCGAUUCCGGCGGCACAGGCGAUUCCGUUUCACUACGAACUCGCGGUGUUUGGCUUUCCAUUCUUGGUGAACUUUUUCGGAAAUCGAUUGUCCGGGGCGACGAAAUGGGUAUCGAAAGGGAUCGGCAUGUGCAGCCUGGCGCUUGCGGUGCAGGCCUUUAAAUGGCCGGUCGCCUUGACGCCACUGGGCGUUGCCACGAACUUGGUUCCCGCAGCGCUCCGAGGGGCUCAAGCGGUGCUCCCGACGAGCGCGGACCGGAAGCGGAGGCGCUGCGAGGGAUGCUUCGACACGAUAGCCGACGAGAUUGGAGCGCCAUCGAAGGAGGUCGUUGCGGCGGAGCGCUUCCAGUUCCGCAGCUUCGUCGCGAAUUCUAUGUUCUCGCUGGCCGCAAAGACCACGGAGUCGCUCUUUCCCGGACGAUCCACGGAGGAAAUGCUCGACCUGCACACGCGCGCAGUGGUCGUCGGCGUACCUCUUGCGGAGGUGUUGUGGAGCUAUCUGGAGGACCCGAGCCAGAUGGACGCCCACACGCAACGUGCCGCGGUGGCUCUCACCCGAGUGUUCGUCGUUUACGUCUUGACAAGUGGGACGCCUCAGACCGUGAAAUCCGUCCUCACAAAGUUUCUUCCCAAGUGGCCGAAACAUCCGGUCUUCCGCGUCCUUCAGAAAGGGACCGUCGCUGUUUCCGCCCUCGCAGCACUGUACGCCGUUUACUUCAUCGUUGACAAGGGUCCCGCAGCACUCGAGGACGGAAGUGGUCUUGAUGCCUUAAUAGCCAAGCACGGGCCUUUCGCCAAUCACACCGUUUGUGCGACGCCCGAAAACAUGCUGUUGCCCGAACACAACAGGAGCAGUUUCACUGAAGGCUUGUUGCACGAGUUAGGGUGCAUCAAGGAAAAAAUGCUGGAGCAAGAGCAACAAGGAUCUAGCUCAGCGGGUGCAGCUUUGAGUGGCCUCUGUAGUUCUUCGUCUCUGGCGCCAGCGAGCAAAGAAUUGACCAAUGCGCACUCGCUCGUACACGAGUCAUUUGCGAAAGUGCCAGGGGGACGGUCGAAAGAGGCCUUCUGUGAGGAUGAGGGUAUAGCCGACGGCAUCAGGUUUUUCAAUCACCACCUCCAGAGACUGACCGCCCAGACGAAGGGAAGCAUGGAUGCCGCGAAGUGUGAUAUAAGAGUGUCGGAGGCUGCAGCCGAUUUUCCAAAGCCUGUGUGCGGAGGCACGCACAUUCCACCCGCUUUUGCGUCGAAGUAUAUUGAAAUCGACCCUAAGACAAAUGAGUGCAGGGCACACUAUCCUGAGUACACCAGCAUGGGACGGGCCGCGCAGGAAGCGCUGGCCCAUCAUCAGACUCGUCAAAUGGAACAACCCACCGCUCAGCAGAGCGGCCGUCACGCCCUCCCUGCACCGUCGUCCGUUGCAGCUCUGGAGCAGUCCAGCACUUCUUCAGAUGCCCGCGCCCUUGCGCACGGCGAGUCUUUGGGGGCAGUGAUUCCGUGUGGCAGGAGUUCCGGGGACCGCCCCUUCGGAAGCUCGCGUCCAAUAAAGCCGAUACUGACAGGAGCCGCUGCGGCAGCCGGAGAAGGCCUUGUCAGCUCGUCAGACAGUACGCAACGGCAGCUGGUGCGGCAGCAGCUGGACAACUCGCAACAAGUCGCGGUCUCGGCGGGGCAAGCCCCGGGGGCACUUUUCGGGCGAGAACGUACCUUGCGGCAGCACGUCGAGAAGACAGCAGGUCCUCUGGUAGCUGCACUGACAACCGCCGGGGGAAGGCUUUUACCGGCUCUGCAGCAGCAGGCCGGCCAGCUGUCGGGCCCUUCGUCUACCGCGGUGCAAGAGUUUUAUCGAGAGCAAGUCUUUCCUGCGCCCUCGGCGCAAGCAGUGCCAGUCAUCCCUCCGGUGGGUGAGGAAAGCAGCAACGUCGAGCCGGUCAGCCAGGCCGCACCGACGUUCGACGCAGAGGGACGGUUCAUCGGUAUAUCCGCCAUGCCCCAACAGCAUAGCGGAGGUGCCAUUUCCGACACAUAUCGCGGCCAGUUGAUUGACGGAGUGCAGCGAAGCGCCCAAAUCUCGGCGGAGCGCGGCGCUCACAUUGUGCGCGCCAUCGAGGGGCAGAGUCGCGUAAACUUUUGGACUGGACCUUUUCGCGCGACGCGGGCACUACUGAAGCACCGUUUGCAAGUGCUUCGCGAGAACGCCAAUUGGCGAGCCGCUUUGACGCAGUUGCGGACGAACUCCGCGGAUGCCGAGAGCGUGUUGUCCGGUUCGGGAAACAGGUUGCAGCUAUUGGAACUGCUUGAUCAAGCCUUGAAGUCAACCCAAAAAGGCUGGAACGCACUCAAGAAAUUGCCAAUUUCUCAACUAGUAAAAGUCCUACGCGACACAGCAGAAAGUGGUGCGACCUCGUCACCAGACGAAGCAGCGAGCCCCUGAAAAAGUUUUUAUCGAGCUCGCUUUUGUGUAGCACGGCGGGGUCUCGUCGUUGGCGGACGGAAAAGAGCCGGAGCGCUUCUUUUUACAACAAAACAUUUCUAUCGUAUAUCGUAUCUUCUUCUGCUUUUCUAUGCGACACAAAUAAGCCAAUUGCGAACCGAAAGUCUAUUUCGACAAAAGCUACAAACAUUUUCAUGACGUAAAGUGUUCAUGAUGCUUUACGGAAGUGCUUAGUCAGAACCAGAACCACUACUACAAGUUGUGCUUAUUAACUCCAACUCACGGUGUUUAGCUGUAUGAUUAUAAUGAUGAUUCUGAUUGAUAAUGAAAAUGAAUAUUGUGGGUGACACGAUCAUGAAAAAAUGUGAUAAAUUCUUGUAUGAUACUAAUGUUUUUGUGCAGUCUCCACCUCCAGCUCAUGAUUGCGGACUUUCGCUUUGGAGUUGUUUAUCUCACCAUAAAUUCACUUUUUACAAUCCUAUCAAUCUAUGGACGUAACACUCCUGGUCCUGUUGUGCUAGCUUAUUUUUUUUUGAAAAAUACGCAAAGCAACUCUGGCCACGACUUUCCGCCCUGCCAGAAGUUUGUACUUUGAUAUAGAUGAAGCUAUGAUGUGGUGCUUGCGCGAUGGACGAACGCGCAGCAGGGUUGUGUGCAAAUUUUCUGUUUCACCGAUGUAGCAGCAAAAUGUGUGCGACCCGGUCGGGGGAACUUGAAGC